AUGAAUCUUGGCCUCGAUCCGAACCAGGCUGGGGACGGAGCUAAAUCAACUUUUGACGUCUGUCUCGAACAUGGUCACGAAGUCUGCACACGAGUUCUGAUCAGCUUUGGAGCUUCCGGGAAGCCUGGCACUGUUGGAGAAAUUCUGAUCGACAUUCAUCCAUCCUCUCAAAGCUUAUCAAGCAUGGGCCCAACAUCGGAGUCAGUCCAGCAACGAUUUUCUCUGGAGAGUCCUAUAAUCCAGGCUGUUCUCUCGUCCACGAGAGUGGGUUUUUUUAACACGGCACUUCGCCUUACUAUCAAAUGGCCGGCUACCCUGGAAAUCCUUAUCUCAGACGACAAUAUACAUCCCAAUACUGAAGUGAAGAACGGUGCAGGCCAUACGCCCUUAUGUAAGGCUGUUUGCGAAGGCCAGUAUGAAUCAACGACCUUGCUUCUGGAAAGAGGGGCUUCCCCAGAACUCAUCGGCCGUGGACAGAGGCCCAUGGACUGUGCGAUUCACAACAAGGAUGGUGAGACUUCUUAG